CCCCUGGGGUUGGGGGAGGCUUAUGGCCUUAUCUCUGGGACAAGGCCUGGAUGCCACGUGGCUGCUGCUGCUUGGCCCCCGGCCCCCUUAUCUGCCCUGCCCCAUGGGCCCGGCACCGCCAUGUACGGCCAGCUCCUACCUGUGCUCGUGCUGCUGGUGCUCGGGGCCUUGGGCCCAUGGGGCCAGGAGUCGGGGCCUGGGGGUCCCUUGGAGGAACCCCCUGAGCAGGUCCCGGAGGAGGAUGGGAUCUUGGUGCUGAGCCAGCACACCCUAGGCCUGGCCCUGCGGGAGCACCCUGCCCUGCUGGUGGAGUUCUAUGCCCCGUGGUGCGGGCACUGUAAGGCGCUGGCCCCAGAAUACAGCAAGGCGGCAGCCCUGCUGGCAGCAGAGUCAGCCAAAGCCAGGCUGGCCAAGGUGGAGGGGCCUGCGGAACCGGAGCUCACAGAGGAGUUCGCUGUGACAGAGUACCCCACGCUCAAGUUCUUUCAAGACGGGAACCGCGCACACCCAGAGGAAUACACUGGCCCCCAGGAGGCGGAGGGCAUUGCUGAGUGGCUGAGGCGGCGGGUGGGGUCCAGCGCCACGCGGCUGGAGGACGAGGAGGGAGCCCAAGCACUGAUAGAUGCCCAGGAUGUGGUGGUCAUUGGCUUCUUCCAGGACCUGCAGGACGAGGACGUGGCCACCUUCCUGGCCCUGGCCCGGGAUGCCCUGGACAUGACCUUUGGCCUCACUGACCGAUUGAAGCUCUUUCAGAAGUUUGGCCUCACCAAGGACACCAUUGUCCUCUUCAAGAAGUUUGAUGAGGGGCGGGCAGACUUCCCGGUGGACCAGGAGCUGGGUCUGGACCAGGGCGAUCUGUCGCAGUUCCUCCUUGUGCACAGCAUGCACCUGGUUACAGAGUUCAACAGCCAGACGUCCCCAAAGAUCUUCGCUGCCAAGAUCCUCAACCACCUGCUGCUGUUCAUCAAUCAGACGCUGUCCUCACACAGGGAGCUGCUGGCAGGCUUUGGGGAGGUGGCCCCCCCAUUCCGGGGGCAGGUGCUGUUCGUGGUGGUGGAUGUGGCUGCUGGCAAUGACCAUGUGCUGCAGUACUUCGGCCUCAAAGCUAAGGAGGCCCCCACCCUGCGCUUCAUCAACAUGGAGACCACCAAGAAGUUCUCACCUGAGGCUGGGGAGCCGUUUACUGCAGCCUCUGUCACCACCUUCUGCCAUGCAGUGCUCAGUGGCAAGAUCCAGCCCUACCGCCUAAGCCAAGAGGUGCCCCCCGACUGGGACCAGAGGCCGGUCAAGACCCUCGUGGGCAAGAAUUUCGAGCAGGUGGCUUUUGAUGAAACCAAGAACGUGUUUGUCAAGUUCUAUGCCCCAUGGUGCACCCACUGCAAGGAGAUGGCCCCCACCUGGCAGACACUGGCAGAGAAGUACAAAGACCACAAGGACAUCAUCAUCGCGGAGCUGGACGCCACAGCCAACGAGCUGGCCUUCGUCGUGCACGGCUUCCCCACCCUCAAGUACUUCCCUGCAGGGCCUGGUCGGAAGGUGAUUGAAUACAAGAGCUCCAGGGACCUGGAGAGCUUCUCCAGGUUCCUGGACAGUGGGGGUGAGCUGCCUGCAGAGGAGCCCCCGGAGGAGCCGGCGGCCCCCUUGUCGAAGACGCCAGCCAACUCCACCAUGGAGCCCAAGGAGGAGCUGUAGCAGCCCCGCGCCACCACCUGGCAUCCCCACCUCAAUGCCCCAGGAAACCCUGGGCUGGGAAUAAAGAGCUUUGUCGUGGA